AUGAGUAAUUCUCUAAAAACAAACGAAUAAUCUUUAAUAGCAUAAUAAAUAGAAAAGGAAACCUUUGAAUUCUCUAAUUAUAAAGAUGUACCUUAAAAUUAGAACUAAAAAGGUAAUAUUUAUUAAAUUAUAAUAGAAAAUGUAUUAAACAUAUAAGAAGGAAUAGCAAUUCCAAAUAACAGUGAUUAUACUUAAAUGCAAUGUUAAGACUAUUCAUAAGAUAAUUUGAUACAUCGAUAAUGUUUUAGUAUCCAAAAAAUGUUCAUAAUCAAAAUUCUGAUCAUUUUUUUCUUUUGGUCUCUUAUUCAAUUUUUCUUAAUAUAUGGAUUACUAUGUGGAAUGAAAGAUUUUAUAGAUCAAAUAGCUCCUUAUAUAUUUCCAAUAUCUCUUAUGUUAAUGUAUGGAUUGGCUAAAAUUGGAACCCUCUAACAAUUCAGAAGAGUAUAUAUUUAUAAUUAUAUUUUUAGAUUCCAGAAAGUCUAGUCAUUCUCAUUGUCCAAAUUUAUUUAUCAACAUAAACAUAUUUGACAUUUUGUCGAUUAUUUAAUCAUGAUUCAUUAAACGAUGAUGGUGAUGGAUUAUAAUUUAGCAGUAUUUACUAAUAUGAAUUUUAGCUGCUGAUUUAGCAUUUAUAUUAGCAGAAUAAUAAUUUAUCUUCAAUUGUGUUAUCAAUUUCAUUUUGAUUGCAUAUUUUGCUAUAGAACAAGAAUAAAUUAGAAUAUUUAGUAAAUAAAUAAUAAUAUUGUAGUUCCUAUUGCUGUUUGCUGUAUAUUUGCAUUAAUCCCUUUAAUAUUCAAUCUUUGGUUUUUUAUAAAUUCAAUAAUAUCUGUUUUAUAUGGCUCUAUAAUUAUGAUAGUUAUUGGAUAGAUUUUUAAAGGAAGAGUAAUUAAAUAUAUAUAUAUAUUUAGUUUUUGAUUUAAAAGGAUAACAUAAUUGCUGCAACAAAUAUCCUCUUUUUUGGUUUAUUAAUGCCAGUAGAGAUGUUUUGA